AUGGCCGACUGGCUGGCUGGGCCGGCUGGGUGGGUCCGAUCCGCAGGGAGACGGGCUUUCCGUUCGCGAGUGCGGUCCAGCGGUGAUAGCGGGUUUGUAUGGCUCGCGGUUUUGUUUGCCGUCGUCGCGUGGGACAAGACUUGGACGGAGGCGGACCCCACCCCGCUGUGGUUUUCCGACGUUCUCCGCCUUUGCGCCCAACGCCCACUUGCUGCUGCUGAGGGGCAACCGCUGCGGUCGGAUGCAGAACCAUCAUGCAUCACGGCGAAGCUGGACCAGUAUGCAAUCGACCGACCGUCCGCGGACAGUCGUGGUUGGUCUCGGCUUCAAGAUGAGUCACCUGGAAUUCGCUCGGCGGGUCCCAUACAACCUGGCAAGCCGCUGCCUGGCAUAAUGCAACCUGGAGCUCACAGCUCCAGAUCAUUGACGUCUCUUUACUUUAGCAGCGGCAGGAGCUGCUCUCGCGACGGCGGGCGCACGUCGAGGCAGCCGCCCAAAGUUGCGGUCCGACUAUUUCUGCACGCGUACGCGUCGAGCGCGUCCCCUCUGCGCGCCAAGUGCAGCCACCAGAUAUUCGCACGAAUCCAGAGUCUGCCGCAGGGAGUUGGAAAGGCUCGUCGUCGCCACACUUGGACGCAGGAUGUCCCGAUGCACCCGGUGCUGGGCAGCUUCCUGCCGGGAACGACUGGACCUUGUAGUAUGCAAGGCAUUCACAAUGAGCCCUUAUCUCGCUACAACCAGUUGAGCCCUUAUCUCGCUACAACCAGUUCUAGGAAGUCUACUUACGCCUGA